CGCGGGCCCUUCAAGUUCCUCCGCCGGCCCUUCGUCGCGAUCGCGCUCGCGCAACAUUACGCCAGCUUCGACAGUUACGACGAGCGGCAAUUCACUGGCGGUCGGUACCCAGCGCCUGCGUAGCCCGUCGACGGCCUCCUCCUCCUCCUCUCUCUCCAUUAUGUCACCCAUGCCCGACUCGGCCGCCUCCGCGUCGUCCUCAUCUCUUCACCUCGCUGCCGCCUCCACCUCCACCUGCGCGACCAUCUCCACCGCGACCACCGCUCCUUCGCACUCCUUCUCUUCCGGCGCGACAUAUGACACACGCGCGACCUCUCCCGACACGGAUGAAGCGUCCGCCUGCACUCAGACCGCCUCCGGCGGCAACGACUUCGUGCUCGCGAUGCACGACUUUGCGCCGCAGCACCAGAGUGCGACCUGCCUCGCGUUCCGCGCGGGCCAGGUCAUUCACGUUCUCAACCGCGACCCAUCCGGGUGGUGGGACGGCGAGCUCGACGGGAGGCGGGGCUGGUUCCCGAGCAACUACGUCAGCUCCGAGGUAGGAUCCAUAAUGGAAGAGCAGUCGCCCGUGAAGUCGCGAACACGUCCCGGGCACGCGCACUCCCAAUCCGUAGCCUCCGUGGCCUCCGUUGCCUCUUGGGCAAGCACACCCUCACCAAUGCACCAUACUUUCUCUCGCCCCUCCUCCUCCCACCGCCCUUCUAAAUCGCAUCCACACAUCUCCACUCCGUCCCCCUCCCACUCGCGGUCGCGCUCUGCCUCCCCCGACACCUCGGCCCCCGCCUACCCCCCGCUCAUGCACCCACUCUUGCACGCCCUCUCCCUGCUCCAAACCGCCGUCGCCUCACAUCGGCCGGCGCACUUUCAGCCGUCAACGGCCUACGUCGUUUCUGCCGUGCGCGCAGCUCUCGACGCGGCCGACUGUCUCCCGCGCGAGGCACCCCACCUCGCGCGUCACCCCGCGCUCGCCGCCGCACGCAAGGCGCUCCUCGGCGAUCUCGCGGCCCUCGUCGCGCAAGCGAAAAAGGCGUCGGCGGUAGCCGAUGAACACACCGCCGCGGAUGGAUUGGGGGAAAAGGAGGGUGGCGAGGGUAGGAAGGAAGUGACGCGCAUGCUUCGUUUGGGCGGGCAGGUCUUCGCUCACGUCCGACGGUUCCUGGCCAUCGCGGCGCAGUGCGGGGUCGAGCUUUCGACCCCGCCGCAACAGCAGCAACAGCGCUCCUCAAACGGUUCGGCAUACGACGCCAUCGCGCCGCAUCGAGCGGUGACGAACGAAAACGAGCCACCGGGCGCGGACGCCCCGCGCGCGGAAGACGACGGCGAGGACGCGACAGCGACCGUCGGCCGUGCGCCGCUGCGGACGACGAACGGGAUCGUCCAGAAGAUUCAAAUGCGGCGCAUGACGCGCGAGCGGUCGUUGCCCGGCUCAGUGCCCGGAACACCGGGCGCGGCCCUGCGCGCACGAAGCUUGGGCGACCUCAAAGCAGCGCGGGCUACCGCCGCCGAUGCGCCCCCGCUCCCUGUAACGCGACAGUACGGAAUGCAGCAGCAACAGCGACAGCAGCAGCACCGCAUACCGUCCGCCCCUCUGUUCACCCGCCACAGGCACGACCGCUCGUUCAGCAGCCUCUCCUCCGCGUCGUCCGCGUCGUCCUUCUCCUCGGCAUCGUCGACCGCGUCCGGCUCAGCGCCCUCGACGCCCCCGUCCCACUUCCGCUUCCCGGCCGGGGAGAACGGGAGCGUCUCCGUGAGCGCGGCCGAGCUCCACGACGCGCUCCGCCACACCCACGACGCGUACCUAUCCACAAUCGCCGCCUUCGUCGGCCACGCGCACUCUCACUCGCGCGCGAGCCACGCGAGCAGCACAGGCCACAUGUUCGAGCUCGCGCGCGAGAUCGUGGAGAGCGUGUGCCGGCUGCUGGGCAUCGUCGACGCCGUCAUGCGCCACCCCGCGCUCGCGGACGCCGCCGCCACCGCCCAUAACCCUCGUCGGUUCAGCAAGGCGGAAUAUGCGGGCAACAACGCGCAGGGGUACGUGCUCGGGCUUGCGCGCGCGAAGGACGCGCUGUACGCGGUCACGGCCGCGUUCGCGGAGAGCGUGCGCACGCUCGGGCGGGAGCUCCCGGAGGGGGUGUCGGAGGAGGACGAGCGGGCGGCGCUGUUGAGGGCCGCGACGGGCGCGUUGAAGGCGGGCGCGGAAUGCGUGGCGGCGGUGAGGAUGUGUGUCGGGCGGAGUGGGGUCGCUGGGCCGUUCGUGGUGUACGUGGGGCCGGGCCCGCCGGAAGCGAAGGUGGGCGAAGAGGAGGUACCAGAGGAGAGGGAGACGGAGGAGCAGGAACCGGACAGGACAGAGAGGGUGGGCAGGCCUGCGGGAGUGUUGAGGGCGCUGUAUAAGGCGCAGGGCGUGGAGGACGAUGAAGACUUGACGAUACAGGCGCAGACGCCGAGUCCAUCGUCGUUCGUGGUGCCCGCUCGGGGCGGGGUGCUGCCCACGCCGCCGCCGAGACCGGCGUUUGCAUUGCCGUCGCACGUCGAGAGGGAGGUACCGUUGAUAUCGCCGGCGGUCGAAGAUAAGCCACUCCCGCCCCUGAUGGAGCCGGACGCAGACGUGGAGCCGCCAGAACCGUCGCCGCGCUCGCCCGUCUUGUCCGUCACACGCACGGAGGACGACAGGACGACAUGGGAGGGCAGCCAAAGGCAUCACGAACGAGAGGCUGCCGCGGCCGCGCUCGAGGACAAGCUCGUCCGUGGGGAUCUGCCGUCCAUACCACCGGAUGCGGACCCUACAACAUGGAUCCUCUCGCACGACCACGCAAUGGAGGAUGUUGCGUACAACACGGAGGGCCUGCUCGUUGGCGCGACGCUGCCCGCGCUUGUGGAGAAGAUGACACCGCACGACAGCUUGGUGGACACGACAUUCGCGAGCGUGUUCUUCCUCACCUUCCGCGCCUUCGCGACCCCAACCGAGCUCGUGCGCGCGCUCAUCGCGCGCUACAAUGUUGCGCCCCCGCGCGGGCUCGCCCCCGAGGACCUGUACGUCUGGCAACAGCGCAAGGGCGUGCCCGUCCGCUUGCGUGUGUCCAACUUUGUCAAGGCCUGGCUCGAGGUGCACUGGCGUCCGGCGAGCGAUAACGCGGUGAUCCCCGCGCUGGCCGACUUCACGCAGAAUGCGCUCCGCGCGAUGUUUCCAGGGCCUUCGCAGCGGAUCAUGGAUUUGCUCGCGCUCCGCAGCCAAGCGGAUGGCGGCGCGGCGGCGGCGAGCCCGAAAGGAACGCGGCGCGAUGCGGGGAUGCCGAUCAGCCCGCCCUCUGUCCCACCGACGGAGGUCCCGCGUCCGGUGAUGACGAAGACGCUCCUCGCCUCGCUGCGCGCACGCAACUUCGCGAACAUAGCCGUGACGGACUUCGACCCUCUCGAGCUCGCGCGCCAGAUGACAAUCAUGGAGUGCGAGCUUUUCUGCGGGAUCGUGCCGGACGAUUUGCUCGAGAUCGGGCAGGAGGGCGCGAAGUCGCCCGCGAAUGUCCGGUCGGUGACGCAACUCAGCACGGUAAUCACCGGCUGGGUGACCGAGAGCAUCCUCAAUGAACCCGACACGAAGAAACGCGCAACAUUGGUUAAGUUCUUCAUCAAGGUGGCGGACCGCUGUACGACCUUGAACAACUUCAGCACGUCACGUUCAGUGCUAGCUGCGCUUGAUUCGUCAACAAUCUCGCGGCUGCACCAGACCUGGAACGCGAUCCCCCAGAAAUACAAGGUUCAGCUUGAGGCCAUGCGGAAGCUCGCGGACCAUUCGAGGAAUUACCGGGAAUACCGGACGCGGUUACGGAAUACACCCCCGCCAGCCGUUCCGUUCUUGGGCUUGUACUUGACAGAUAUCACCUUCUGUCGAGAGGGCAACCCAUCCCAUCGAGCGUCUCCACUGGCCCCGGACAGGAAGCUUAUCAACUUUAACAAGUACCACAAACUGGCACGCAUCGUGCAAGACAUGCAACGGUUCCAAGUGCCGUAUACUUUGAAAGGUAUACCGGAAGUGCAGGACUUCCUUCAGUUUGCGUUCAGGUCCUCUCGGUCGAGCACCGGCGACAUCCAGGAUCUCUACCGUCGCAGUCUGCUUGUGGAGCCCCGACAGCCUGCCGACGCGCCUCCAACCAGCGACGUGCGGCAAAUCUUCCCUUGGGGCAACCGCUCCCAACCGACUACUUCCGUUCCUUGAGCCCCUCUCUACUCCGCUCUCUCCACUUGCACUAUCUCUCUCGCAUGCUAUCACCAUCUUCUCGUCUGGAAUGGCAUCGAAAUAUCUUAAUUCGUUGAUCAUCUCUUGGGACACCGCAUCUGGCUGGACUAUGCUAUCUAUCAUACUGUUGUUUUCGAUAACGAUCUUUGCUUUCGAGAGCUUUCCUCCUUGUUUGUAUCCGUACCUCUGAAGGUUUACGCGAUUACUGUCAUCGCACGCAAUUGAUGACUUGACCCUGUCCAAGGGCAUCGAAUAGCUUGGCGUCGUACAUUCCCAUGGAUGAUCCUACGCGGCGGUACACUACGACGCCUCACACCGUCUCUUGAGGACGGACAACCAGUUUGAGGCCGCUAACCUUGUCCUGGCGCAGCAAUUCCAGUCCACCGGGUAUCCCAGCGAGGCCGUUGGGAAGCAAUUGAACACGGUGUGGCUUGAUGGAUCCAUCUUGCAGAAGUUGGGUGACCCUUGCGGACAGCUCGCGUCCCGCCUCUUCCUGGCCCGGCCAAUUGGUGUUUCCAGACACCUGCACCACCUCCUUCCCGUCUUCGCCGUGCGCGAUGCCCUCGACGGGUGGCCAGACGAGAAUGAGCUGACCGCCCGAGGCGAGGAGCGACCACGCUGCGUGCUGUGUCGCCGCGAUGCUGACGGCGUCGUAGACGACCUUGAUGGGGUGCGAUGUGAUCUUGCUGAUCUGAGAGCGGAGGGCGUCCGUGGGGAGGGUGCGGGAGAGGACGUGCGUCGCUCCGAGGGACUUCAGGAACGCGGCGUGCUUCUCGGACGCGGUCGCGAUGAUGGGAGAGAAACCAGACAACCGGGCGAGCUGGAUAACUGAACGACGCAUUGAACUUUCGUUGCAUACGGUAUGACACGUCGGUUGCGCUCUCACCGAAUUGGCCGACAGAGGUGGCGCCGCCGAAAACAACGAUCGGCUGGCCUGUAUAGGCGGUCGAUGACUCCCAGAACGGCGUCAAUUCCGCACCUCCACCGCGGUCAUCGUUCUUCUUGUUGUAUAACCCCAGAAACGCCGUUGCAAGCGUCGCGGGGACAGACGCCGCCUCGUCAAUGCCAACGUUGUCGGGGACCUUGGCAGCGAAUUCUGCCGUCGCGAGCGCAUAUUGCUGGAACGUUGUGCGAUGAGGCUUGAGAUCGCCCAUCCAUAGAACUCUGUCUCCCUUUUUGAGGUUCGUGACACCCUCGCCGACGUCCUCGACCACUCCGGCGGCGUCGAAGCCCAGGGUCGCGGGGUAUUGGAGCCAAUCCCGAUAUGGAUCGAGGAACGCGAACUUCCAAUCCGCGGGGUUGAGGGCCGUAGCAUCGACCCUGACGAGAAUUUCGCCCGAACCCGGAGAGGGCACCGGCACGCUUUGCACCACAAACUCGGCGCCCUUGGACGGGAUGAUGAGAGCUUUGUGUUCCUUUGGGGCCAUGAUCAGACGUCAAUGAGAAGAGCUCGAACCUUGGAACCGAAGGGUAUAUAUGCGCCUUCCCCGCCCCACGUUGUCGCGCUGACAACGUCGCUGGAGUCGCUGUGUCAGCGCGACGCAAGUGCUGCGUCCAUGACUCGUCCAUGUCGACAUACUCAGGAAGACAAACGGAGGGUUAUGCUUGUGCUUCCCGGCCAAGUGGGAUGCUCGUGAGUCGACCAAGUGGGUUACCCCGCAGUUUCGUGAUCGGCAGGCUUCCCGACGGUCGGUACCGUACUUGUUCGUAUGUUCGUUCGAGUCAUUGCGUCGCACCGUCCGAGUCUUCCAGAACGUGUGCAGAAGGCCGUAACGGACUUCUUCGCCUUGACGGCAUUCCCCGUCACCUCUGAUCAGAAACCAAAAAAGCUCCCGCCAUACCAUCUCCCUCCUGUCGUGUUCGUGUAAGAGACCUUUUGUGUCGGGAGAGCUCCUACGGUGAUUCGUGUACCGACGUUUUAGCGCUGGCGAGUUCCGAGCCGAACCAAAACCCGCGUCGAGCUGGUGUCCUGGCGUGAUCUGGGGCGUAGCCUCCGGGGUGGACAAUACUUCAGCUACCCAGGUAGCCCUAUGCAUGGUCUGCCGUCUCUCUAGACAGGUCAGUGGGCGCACCGG